UAGACAUACUAUAUAACAAUCCUCAAACCCUAUUAUUAACCCCUCCAAUCUAGUUUUCAUUCCUCAUCUCUCGCCGCAAGGGUUUAACAGCACACCUUUCUCCUCAGAUCUUUUACCUAAUAUUCAAGCAUGGGUAAGGAAAAGACUCACAUCAACAUUGUGGUCAUUGGUCAUGUCGACUCUGGCAAGUCGACCACUACUGGCCAUUUGAUUUACAAGCUUGGAGGUAUUGACAAGCGUGUUAUUGAGAGGUUUGAGAAGGAAGCUGCUGAGAUGAACAAGAGAUCGUUCAAGUAUGCCUGGGUGUUGGACAAACUGAAGGCCGAACGUGAGCGUGGUAUCACAAUUGAUAUUCCUCUGUGGAAGUUCGAGACCACCAAGUAUUACUGCACUGUGAUUGAUGCUCCUGGGCAUCGUGAUUUCAUCAAGAACAUGAUUACUGGUACUUCCCAGGCUGACUGUGCUGUUCUUAUUAUCGACUCCACUACUGGAGGUUUUGAAGCUGGUAUUUCUAAGGAUGGGCAGACCCGUGAACACGCCCUUCUUGCAUUUACCCUUGGUGUCAAGCAAAUGAUUUGCUGCUGUAACAAGAUGGAUGCCACCACGCCCAAGUACUCGAAAUCUAGGUACGAUGAAAUUGUGAAGGAAGUUUCUUCCUACCUCAAGAAGGUUGGCUACAACCCAGAAAAAAUUCCCUUCGUCCCCAUCUCUGGCUUUGAGGGUGACAACAUGAUUGAAAGAUCCACCAACCUCGACUGGUAAGGACCGACCCUUCUUGAGGCUCUCGAUCUGAUCCAAGAGCCUAAGAGGCCAUCUGACAAACCCCUUCGUCUUCCACUUCAGGAUGUCUACAAGAUUGGAGGUAUUGGAACUGUUCCAGUGGGUCGUGUUGAAACUGGCAUUAUAAAGCCUGGUAUGGUGGUAACCUUUGCUCCAUCUGGACUGACUACUGAAGUUAAGUCUGUGGAGAUGCACCACGAAGCUCUCCAAGAAGCUCUCCCUGGUGACAACGUGGGGUUCAACGUGAAGAAUGUUGCUGUGAAGGAUCUCAAGCGUGGUUAUGUUGCCUCAAAUUCCAAGGAUGAUCCUGCCAAGGAAGCUGCCAAUUUCACGUCCCAAGUUAUCAUCAUGAACCAUCCAGGACAGAUUGGAAAUGGUUAUGCACCUGUACUCGAUUGCCACACAUCUCACAUUGCUGUCAAAUUUGCCGAGAUUUUAACUAAGAUUGACAGGCGAUCUGGUAAAGAACUGGAGAAAGAGCCCAAGUUUUUGAAGAACGGAGAUGCUGGAUUUGUUAAGAUGAUUCCCACCAAGCCCAUGGUGGUAGAAACAUUCUCUGCGUAUCCCCCUCUUGGACGAUUUGCCGUGAGGGACAUGCGUCAAACUGUGGCUGUUGGUGUCAUCAAGGCCGUUGAGAAGAAGGAUGCAUCCGGCGCCAAGGUCACCAAGUCUGCAGCAAAGAAAUCAGGGAAGUAUUCAAGCAUGGGUAAGGAAAAGACUCACAUCAACAUUGUGGUCAUUGGUCAUGUCGACUCUGGCAAGUCGACCACUACUGGCCAUUUGAUUUACAAGCUUGGAGGUAUUGACAAGCGUGUUAUUGAGAGGUUUGAGAAGGAAGCUGCUGAGAUGAACAAGAGAUCGUUCAAGUAUGCCUGGGUGUUGGACAAACUUAAGGCCGAACGUGAGCGUGGUAUCACAAUUGAUAUUGCUCUGUGGAAGUUCGAGACCACCAAGUAUUACUGCACUGUGAUUGAUGCCCCUGGGCAUCGUGAUUUCAUCAAGAACAUGAUUACUGGUACUUCCCAGGCUGACUGUGCUGUUCUUAUUAUCGACUCCACUACUGGAGGUUUUGAAGCUGGUAUUUCUAAGGAUGGGCAGACCCGUGAACACGCCCUUCUUGCCUUUACCCUUGGUGUCAAGCAAAUGAUUUGCUGCUGUAACAAGAUGGAUGCCACCACGCCCAAGUACUCGAAAUCUAGGUACGAUGAAAUUGUGAAGGAAGUUUCUUCCUACCUCAAGAAGGUUGGCUACAACCCAGAAAAAAUUCCCUUCGUCCCCAUCUCUGGCUUUGAGGGUGACAACAUGAUUGAAAGAUCCACCAACCUCGACUGGUACAAGGGACCGACCCUUCUUGAGGCUCUCGAUCUGAUCCAAGAGCCUAAGAGGCCAUCUGACAAACCCCUUCGUCUUCCACUUCAGGAUGUCUACAAGAUUGGAGGUAUUGGAACUGUUCCAGUGGGUCGUGUUGAAACUGGCAUUAUAAAGCCUGGUAUGGUGGUAACCUUUGCUCCAUCUGGACUGACUACUGAAGUUAAGUCUGUGGAGAUGCACCACGAAGCUCUCCAAGAAGCUCUCCCUGGUGACAACGUGGGGUUCAACGUGAAGAAUGUUGCUGUGAAGGAUCUCAAGCGUGGUUAUGUUGCCUCAAAUUCCAAGGAUGAUCCUGCCAAGGAAGCUGCCAAUUUCACGUCCCAAGUUAUCAUCAUGAACCAUCCAGGACAGAUUGGAAAUGGUUAUGCACCUGUACUCGAUUGCCACACAUCUCACAUUGCUGUCAAAUUUGCCGAGAUUUUAACUAAGAUUGACAGGCGAUCUGGUAAAGAACUGGAGAAAGAGCCCAAGUUUUUGAAGAACGGAGAUGCUGGAUUUGUUAAGAUGAUUCCCACCAAGCCUAUGGUGGUGGAAACAUUCUCUGCGUAUCCCCCUCUUGGACGAUUUGCCGUGAGGGACAUGCGUCAAACCGUGGCUGUUGGUGUCAUCAAGGCCGUUGAGAAGAAGGAUGCAUCGGGCGCCAAGGUCACCAAGUCUGCAGCAAAGAAAUCAGGGAAGUGAAUGGUACGAGUAGCCGUUGGCUGUGGUGAAGUUUGUCAGAAUGAUGAGUGGGUUCUUAUUAAAUUACUAUCUGGUUGGGGUUUGUUUUGUCUCUGUUUCGUUGGUUGCGUCUUUAAGUUUCCUCCAUCGUCGUUAAGCAGAUUCUCUCAGAAUUGGGUGCUUGAUCGGCGGUGGCAAGUCCUUCCUAAUUAAGGUUAUAUGUUCUAUGCUCGUUUUACUUCAAACUACUUUUUUCUGGUAUUGAUCUUUGUUUCUGUUUCUUAUAUACGUUGUUUUGUUUGAGUAUAUUGUCAAGGCCCCCCUUUGUGACCA